ACCUUCAGCAGGAUGGUUCACACGGUCCUAGUACCGUCGCAACCCUUCAAACCAACGUCAACAACUGCUGCUUGGAUAGUUUAGGCGUCAGUUUGCAUUAUUUUUCAGUAUUUCUCUAACUUCACUAUUCCUAAAGAAAUUGGCUACUGUAGAGAUAAGAGAGAAGGUUUAACUGAAGGUUAUUUUGGUAAAACAUGGACUUCAGAAAGAUUUGAAGUUUUGCAGUCAUCAUUGAUUAAGAGAUGGCAGUAAAGAACUCCCACCAUCAAUUCGUCAUAGCAACAUGAAAAGAUUUGUCAUUAAUAAGAUACGUAGUUUAUUUUUGGUGGCAUUCAUAUCAUUAGAUGUAAUGAAGUGAUCUACGAUAAUAACUUGUUAAUUUUACGAGCAACAAAAAUCUUUACAGAAAACCACUACUCAGGAGCCAUCUAGUCACAUGCAUUAUAUUCUGACAGUAAACAAAAUUCACGAUGGGAAUGUUUGAUAAACUAGCUUUCGCUCUAGGCCUGAAAAAACGAGAGGCAAGUGUGUUGGUCAUUGGCCUUGAUAAUUCAGGCAAGUCCACAAUGCUCAAUCAUUUUAAAUCUGAAGACCAGAAGACCACGGAAAUUGUCCCAACUGUUGGCUUCAAUGUGGAGAAAUUUAAAGCCAAGAAUGUGGGAUUCACUGCUUUUGAUAUGUCAGGCCAGGGUCGCUACCGCAGCUUGUGGGAGCACUACUACCAUGACUGCCAAGGUGUUAUCUUUGUGAUAGAUUCCACUGACAAACUACGGCUGGUUGUAGCCAGAGAUGAGCUGGACAUGCUCCUACAACAUGCUGAGAUUCGUAAUCGCCGUCUCCCUAUUUUAUUUUUUGCUAACAAGAUGGAUAUGCGUGAAGCAGUGAGCAGUGUUAAGGUCUCGGCAGCUCUAGGCUUAGAGCGAAUUACAGACAAGCCUUGGCACAUUACUGCUUCAAAUGCCAUCACUGGAGAUGGCUUGCAUGAAGGUGUGGAAUGGCUCACCAAUCAAAUUAAAGAAAACUUCGAAAGUAUUCAUAAGCAGUGAUUUGCAAGGAAUGUGUUCAGCCCUUAUAUAUUACUAUAAUCAAUGAAUUAUAGUACACCGUUGAUAUCUCUUUAAGUUUUAAUUUGAUGCAGUAUCAAUUUAAAAUUGGUUAAAUUUGAAAAUGGUUGCAAUUUGGUUCCAAGUUUAAAUGCUUUAACUACUAUGAUAGCAUGAAAUGUAUAUUUGAAAGAAGUGCAGAGAAGAUCUAGUCAGAAGAUCAGCCUGGUCAUGGACUGGGCCAGGGGGCAUUAAUCCUCGGAAUACCCUUUAGGUAGAUAUACAGGUAUUGUCAUCACUAAAAGUGUGUUGACCAUUUCCGUCCUUAUAGUGGAUAAAAAAAAACAAGCAGAACAUGGGAACUAUUAAGAUGCUUCACUUGCAUGGCAGGUUUUAUUGAGUCUGUCAUGCAAGAUAAAACCUGGUAUGCAAGUGAGACAUAAUAGUAAAGUUUCCAGUUGCUGCUUGUCUCUCUAUCAACUACAACUCCUUGGUUUUCCUAUACUAUGUGCUGUAAAAGUUCCGUCCUUAUUCUUAAUUUAUUUUAUUUUUAUAAUGAGCAGAACUAUAUUUAACAUAUUACUAGUGCAUGAAGACUAGACCAGAAUGUUCAGAAAUUCUCCCGUCCUUCUCUGAUAGCAGAGUGCUUGGCUGUGUUCCUUAUAAGUAUAAUGUGAGAAUUAUGCUUCCCUUCUCAAUGAAAUACAAAGCUGUGUGUACAUAAAUGUAAUUUGUAGUCUGUUAAGCAUAUUUUCUUGCAAUAUAAACAUAUGAAAUUGAUAUUUAAAUGCUUUAUUAAAUAUAUGAUGAAACAUUAAACAAUUGAUUCAGUGUUAAACAAGUUAGGAUGUGAGUUGAGAAAAUCAUUAGCAACAAUCAGAAGCAAGUUGUACAUGUAAUGGCCUAGUGACUAAGAACAUUGGCUUCAUAGCUUUAGGGCUGCCUUUUUCCAGGUUCAAUCCCUACUCAUUCCAUAAGUUAGGAUGGGCUCUGAAUUAACCACAGUAUGGGUGGGGUUACCACUGUACAGGUGGGAUUACCACGGUACGGGUGGUAACCCUACCUGUACCGUGAACCCAUAGCGAACUCGCCAGGUUGAACCCAUGGCGAGCAAGUCCUAUGGGUUUAAACUCCACUCAUUCCAUGGUUUAUUUGCAAUCAUGUUAAGAUUUCUUGAGUCACUCUGAAUUAAAUUUUUAAGGAUUAAAAUCAGAAAUAUGUAUGGUUAAUGCUAUUAGAUAAACAUAAAUGUAUGAAAUAUAGAUCUUUGCUUUAUGCUGAUUUGCAUUAUGCAAGUUCAUUCUUGAGCAAUGCCCUGUUUUUAUCUGUACAGUAUCUCAUUGUAUGAUUUGUAGUUGCUGUUUGCAAUCAGCACAGUUAACAAUGCAUUGAAAAAUUCUCAUGAUGCAUAAUUGUUUAUGGUUUGAUGGAGCUUGAUACAGAGACCAAGAACCUGAAACAUAUACGCGUCUCUCAUCUUGUACUGUCGAUAUGUGAUGGAACCAUAUUUUUGUGUAGUGCCCUGUAAAAUAUAGAAUCAUUAAGAGAUUAUAUCUAUUGAUUAGACAGAUUUUAAGCUUAUUAAUGGUCGUGGCCUUCUAUGUAAUAAGCAUUUCUUGAUUAUCGUACAAACUUUAUUCUUGCAUUCCAUAUUUACAUGCCAGAAAAUAAAUAAAUGAUGCACAGCCUCUCAGCACACACUAUAAUGCCUUGUCAAGCUGGACCAAAUACAUUCUUUUGUUAUAUGUACUUGGCAGUUGUGCCAGACCUUUCAGUAAUUAGGAAAACACACUGUUGCCAUAACUGUUAGUUUAUAUGAAUGAGUUCAGUAUCUCUUGAGUUAUUAUUCUGUUUAUAAUAUAGCACAAAUAAUAUAAUUCAGGCACCACCUUAAACAUCCUAACAUACAUACUUUGUCAGCCCUCCUCUCUGGCAGUCUUACAUGACAUUUACCUACUUUGACCACCCAUGGAAAUUCUAUAGAUAUUGGUAGCAGAUAAGAUUUUUAUUACAUAAAGCUGGGCUUUAUCAAGUAUAAAGCCCAGCUUUGUGUGAAAUGUUGUAAUAAAAGGAUUCUCUUACCCUUGUCUUUAUUUCUACGUCAGCAUUUGUCAUUGUCUACAUGUGAUCCCCAUGCCAUACUUUCUCCUGAUGUUCCUUCAACACUCCUCCUCUCUCUCUCUAACCUCUGACGUGGCAUUAAAUGAUCUCGGUUCAGCUCUUCCGUGAAUUGGGUGAUAAAUCUGAGUUGCUUAGCACAAGGAGCGUGGUGAAGAGGCUCUUGGUCUGAGGAAUUAGACCUAUCGGUCUUCUUCCUCAGACCGAACCUAAUUACCCCCCAAUCUCCCCUCCCCUAUCCCAUCCUCCCCAUCCUCCCCUUUUUCCUUUCCUCCUCCUCCUCCCCACUCCUCCCUUUUGCCCUUCCUCUUUUUGUCCUUUGGGAUUUCUCCCACAGGCGCGCUAGUUCCUAGGUAGGAGAAAGGACACCGGGGUCCAUCCCAUUCCGUUGAGGUUUCUUGGCGG